AUGCAAAAUGCUCCCAUGCAGAGUACUCCCACUCAAAGUGCUCCCAUGCAGAGUACACCCACUCAGAGUGCUCCCAUGCAGAGUACCCCCAUGCAGAGUGCUCCCAUGCAGAAUGCCCCCACUCAGAGUUCUCCCAGGCAGAGUACCCCCACUCAGAGUGCUCCAAUGCAGAAUGUCCCCACUCAGAGUGCUCUCAUGCAGAGUGCUCCCACUCAGAGUGCUCCAAUGCAGAAUGCCCCCACUCAGAGUGCCCCCAUGCAAAGUACACCCACUCAGAGUGCUCCAAUGCAGAAUGCCCCCACUCAGAGUGCUCUCAUGCAGAGUACACUCACUCAGAGUGCUCCCAUGCAGAGUACCCCCAUUCAGAGUGCUCCCAUGCAGAAUGCCCCCACUCAGAGUGCUCCCAUACAGAGUACCCCCACUCAGAGUGCUCCAAUGCAGAAUGCCCCCACUCAGAGUGCUCCCAUACAGAGUACCCCCACUCAGAGUGCUCCAAUGCAGAGUGCUCCCACUCAGAGUGCUCCAAUGCAGAAUGCCCCCACUCAGAGUGCUCUCAUGCAGAGUGCUCCCACUCAGAAUGCUCCAAUGCAGAAUGCCCCCACUCAGAGUGCUCUCAUGCAGAAUGCCCCCAUUCAGAAUACUCCCAUGCAGGGUGCUCCCACUCAUAGUGCUCUCAUGCAAAGUGCUCCCAUGCAGAAUCUGUGUUUCUGUAAAGUGAAAAAUGAUGCACACAUGGAAGCCAUUUUGAGGAACAGUGAUAUUUGUCCACUUCAAAAUUUUACUGCAGGACUUAUACCCUCCAUUGUGGUCCUUUAUGUCGCUCAAAGGUGCCAAAGUCUCUAA